CUGUUGUUUCCGGGAACUAAUGCCUUUCUGUUAGUACACAGAGAUGUGAAAAACUCUGGUAGUGAGUUUUAUCUUUUAAAAGCUCUCAGUGGUGUGUUCGGGAAGGAGGUCUUGGACUACUGCGUGGUAUUAUUUAUAGAUGAGGCUAGGCAUGAUGAUCCAAGAAAGAACACCUGUUUGAAGAUGUGUGGAGGCAGAUACCACAUUUUACAGAACACUGACGAAAGUCUUAAUCUGUUAUUUAAAAAAACAGAGGCAAUGACACAGUGGAAAAGCAGCAAUUUUUUCACAAAUAAUUGGGAAUUUUUCAGAAAUGCUGAAAAUUAUUUUGAAGCUGAGUAUAAGAAAAAGGAGAAUACACUAAGGAUAGAAUUGGCAGAAAAUAAAGAAAGUGUUGAAAAUCUAAAGAAGGAAAUUAAAGAUAUGAAAGAACUAGAUGCAAAGAAAGAUACAGAAUUCAAUGAGAGAAUCAAAGAUGAGCUAAAUAAACUGGCUGAGUCAAAAGACAGAGAAACAAAGCUACGCAGUGAGUUGGCUGCUCUCAAAAGCAGUGAAAACCAGAAGGAGGAGAACUUCCAGAAGCUAAAAGAAGAGCUGACCAUUUACAAAAAAAGAGAGAAUGAGUUAAGCA